CAAAGGGGAAAAAAACACUACUUAGCCUUUGUCAUAAUAGGACACACAAACGGGAAGAAAGGGAAAAGUUACGGUCGAAAAGGUAACGAAUGAAAACACAGAGACAAGGAGGUUGAUUCCAAGCUGUAUUGACCCAAAAUGACUGUGGCCAUAAGCUCAACAUGUCCAGGCCUGUACUGUGGCAGGAUGACGAUCAAUGGAUCCGUGGAGGGAGAAUGUGGGGUGUGCCCUCGUGGAGAGCGGGCCAACCUCCAGAAGAUAUGCCAACGCUGCAUUGAGUCACCUGAACUCUACGACUGGCUCUAUCUGGGAUUCAUGGCCAUGUUGCCUCUAGUUCUACAUUGGUUCUUCAUUGAGUGGUACUCAGGGAAAAAGAGUUCCAGUGCUCUCCUGCAGCACAUCACAGCCAUGUUGGAGUGCAGCGUGUCAGCUGUGGUCACUCUGCUGGUCACAGAGCCGGUGGGGAAGCUCACUGUCCGUUCCUGUGGAGUCCAGAUGCUCUCAGACUGGUACACCAUGCUGUACAACCCUAGUCCAGACUACAUCAACACAAUACACUGCACCCAGGAGGCCGUCUACCCACUUUACACCAUUGUUUUAAUCUACUAUGCAUUCUGCUUGGUGCUGAUGAUGCUCCUGCGCCCCCUGUUGGUGAAGAAGAUAGCCUGUGGUCUGGGCAAAUCAGACCGCUUCAAGAGCAUCUAUGCUGCGCUAUACUUCUUCCCCAUCCUCACUGUGCUGCAGGCUGUGGGAGGAGGACUGCUCUACUAUGCGUUUCCCUACAUAAUGCUGGUGCUGUCUUUGGUCACUCUGGCUGUUUACAUGUCCGCCUCUGAGAUACAGUCUUUUAAAACCCUGGUGGCCAAGAAGAAGCGUCUGGUGGUGUUGUUCAGCCACUGGCUGCUCCACGCCUACGGGAUCAUCUCCAUCUCCCGACUGGACAAGCUGGAGCAGGACCUGCCGCUGUUAGCCCUCGUGCCUGGCCCCGCCCUCUUCUAUAUUAUCACUGCAAAGUUCACUGAGCCAAGUCGCAUCCUGUCUGAGGGCAGCAAUGGACACUGAGCUGCGUUCAACAGAAAGCCAGGAGAAAUCAAAACUCAUUCAUCCAUCAGCUCACACCACCGCGCAACUGAGCCAUUGUGUUUGAGUGGGCUUAUGUUCUGGCCUUUGGUCACAGUUGUACAUACUGUAAAGCUAUAAUGACAACAUCAGAAGCUUUAGUACACGUCUGCUCAUUAUUUAACUUUAAGUUCAGGUCAGGUGGAUAAAAAGGAUGUGUUCCAUUUACAGAACUGGGAGUGAAGUCUGAAAAAAAGGCUAGCCAUUGUUAGCUAUCGUUAGCAAUACCAGUCAAUUGCAAUGCUAGGUAGCAACAUGGCUACCGUUAAAUUAAGAACAAGAAGUGCUUUUAAUGGUUAAAUAGCAGUGCUCAUUUGGUCUUGGAGUCCCGUGGCCGGGUUUGUGCGGCUGCUCAGAGUUGGAAAUCCAAGUUCAUUGGAGUUCUGACUAUAAAUUAAACACACCACAACAUUUGUUGUUUAAUUUUGACGAUAGUUUCUAGAUCUUUUUACCUGUUGACAUCAUUGAAAGUUCCCUAAACCACGUCACACACAUGUUGCAGUUGAGGGGAGACCCCAUGAAAAAUAACUUUGACUAAAGUGAGAACUGCUCACGGAAGUCUGAUUUAUUCUCUGAAAUGGAACACCUUUAAAUUGCGUCAAGUGAUAGAAAUAACAUAAUUUGGACAGAUAAAAGCGACAUGAGGAAUAAAACCAAGUCUACAGUUUAA